AUGGGGCAUGACCAUAUGUCUCGUAUAAAGAUGCAUAUGGCAGAAGGUUCUUUUGGUGACAGGAAUCGGUGCCAGCAACCUGGGUGCAAUGAGGUUGUCGAUGGAAGGGUAGUGUACUGCAAAACUCACAGCGGGGAGUUGUCAUGCCAACAGUUCAGUCACCUCCACAGCGGAAUGCAGAGCUCAGGUUUAUCGGUGCCCCCUGUUAAUGACAGCCAGUUUAAGGGAUCUAUUUCCAUUGCAGUGCCAUGCACUGAGCAAGAGUUACUUGUCAAGCAUGAAGGGGAUGAUCGAGGUAAACUAAAGGAUAGUUCUGGGUACACUUCGGGUCAGACUGCACAAUAUGUCUUCUCUGGGGCAGGCUUGCUUUGCAAGAACGAAAACUGCAGCAAGCAAGCACAUGAGAACUCAAUCUACUGUAAGUUGCAUAGCGGUGUUAGCAAGGGCUGCAUGGUACGGGGCUGUACGAGAGGUGCACAUGGAGGCACACCUUUGUGCAUUGGGCAUGGAGGUGGGAAACGGUGUGUGAUCCCCCAAUGCCCAAAUGCAGCAUGUGGUCAAGGCCGUAGUGACCGCUGUGUGAGGCAUGGUGGUGGUAUGAGAUGUAAAUUUGAAGGGUGUGCAAAGGGCGCACAAGGGAACACCGAUUACUGCAUAAGACAUGGUGGGGGAAGGCGGUGCAAAUUUGAAGGAUGUACAAAGAGUGCUCAAGGACGCACAGAUUUCUGCAUUAAGCAUGGUGGGGGCAGUCGGUGCAAGUUCCAAGGAUGUGGUACAAGCGCAAAAUGGGGAACGGAUUUCUGCUCUGUCCACAGGAAGAGUUUGUUGGGUGGUGACAAUGCUAUCCCUGAAGCUUUGCCUGCCCCUUCAGAAAAACGACGCCGGGCCAAGAAGCCCAAAAAGGCAGCAAAGCCGUCUGAGACCUCCCAAGAGAAUGUCACAACAGCAGCUAUUGCUGGUAACAGCACGCAACACAUGGGCGUUCUUCUCAUAGCUACCCCUGUUACUAACCGUGACAUAUUAGCCAAGGGUGUGACAGUGGCGGGGCAAGCUGCAAUAGCGCCCACGCAGAUAGUGGCGCCGCUGUCCAUGAAAUCACCAACACCAUCUGGAUCAGUGGCUACCGCAGCAGAGAGGGAGGCAGGAGCAAGCAGGGAGAUGCUGGGUCUGUAG